CCUGUGACCGGAAGUAGACUACUACCCACUCUUUUCGCUGUGCUCCGUGGCGCUCUGUAAGCAGAAGCUGUUGUCUGCUGCUGGUUUCGUGGGAAACAUUUCCGCUUCGAGCACUGGCAGACAUGGACGAACGCAAAACCAGAAAAGAGUGCUGACUUGACAGUCACUUAUUUCCUCAAGCUGUCGUCGCUAAAGAGUCUAAGUGCUGUAUUCAAGGUGAUUGUUGGAACAAAACGGAGCCAUGAAACGGCAGCAAAGCAUCGCGUUUUAGAGGAAUACUUUGUGCGAUGUGAGCAGGACGAACGCGAUGCAGACUUCCCAGCUGUAGGUCACAUGCGGACGUGAUGCCCAGGCGGGGGUUCCCCGUGCAGGGCCGGGUCCGCUGGCUCCUGCUGGCCCUCUUCCUGCUCCUGGUGCUGCUGCUAUUCGCCUACCUGCUGGAGUGCACGCCGCCGGCCGACGCCAGCCAGACGCUGCCCGGCGCGGCGGGCGAGCCCUUCAGCAGGGAGUACUACCAGGCGCUGCUGCAGGAGCACGAGGAGCGCCACGUGAGCCGCUCCUCCAGCCUCAAGCGCCAGAUCGCGCAGCUCAAGCAGGAGCUGCAGGAGAUGAGCGACAAGCUGAAGCUGAUACAGGAGAAGAAGGAGCCGCCGGGCGUGCAGGGCCUGGGCGAGAAUCGAGACCAGGAACCCGGCGACCUGCUGGAGUUCUUGCACUCCCAGAUCGACAAGGCCGAGGUCAACGCCGGGGCGCGGCUGCCCAGUGAGUACGCCCUGGUGCCCUUCGAGAGCUUCACCUCCUCCAAGGUGUACCAGCUGGAGAUGGGGCUGACCCGGCACCCGGAGGAGAAGCCGGUCCGCAAGGACCGGCGGGACGAGCUGGUGGAGGCGGUGGAGGCAGCGCUGGACAUCAUCAACAACCCGGACGAGGAGGACGGCGUGGAGGAGGACGUCCCCGUGCAGAGACAGACCUACACUGACAGCCACUUUAUGGAAGGCCUGUACAGGACGGAGCGAGACAAAGGGACGCUCUACGAGCUUUUCUUCGCCAAGAAGGACUCCAGCAGCUUCCGACACGUCUCGCUCUUCCGGCCGUUUGGGCCGGUGAUGAAAGUCCGGAGCACAUCGGUGGAGACGCUGGGGAUGAUCAUCAACAUCAUCGUGCCGCUGGCGGGCCGAGUCGACACUUUCUCACAGUUCUUAGAAAACUUCAGGGAAGUGUGUGUUCAGCGGGACAAGCAGGUCCAUCUCACCGUGGUUUAUUUUGGACAGGAAGGUCUGCAGGAAGUGAAGUCAUCGCUCGAGAAAAUGUCUAGAGAGGAGACUUUCUCUAAUUACACUCUGAUCCCGGUGGACGAGGAGUUUUCUCGCGGCCGCGGUUUGGACAUCGGCGCCAACGUGUGGAAGAACGGCGACGUCCUGAUGUUUUUCUGCGACGUGGACAUUCGUUUCUCCCUGGACUUCUUGAACACGUGCCGGCUCCACGCCGCUCCCAACAAGAAGGUUUUCUACCCGGUUGUGUUCAGUCUGUACAAUCCGGCCAUCGUUUACGGAAGCUUGGAGCUGGCUCCACCUAUUGAACACCAGCUGGUUCACAAAAAAGACGCUGGAUUUUGGAGAGAUUUCGGAUUUGGAAUGACCUGCCAGUAUCGCUCAGAUUUCCUAAACAUCGGCGGAUUUGAUCUGGAAGUGAAAGGCUGGGGCGUGGAGGACGUCCACCUGUACAGGAAGUACCUGCGGAGCGAACUGAUCGUGAUCCGGUCGCCGGUGUCCAGCCUCUUCCACCUGUGGCACGAGAAGCAGUGCGCGGACGAGCUGACGCCGGAGCAGUACCGCAUGUGCAUCCAGUCCAAAGCCAUGAACGAGGCGUCGCACCCCCACCUGGGCAUGCUGGUCUUCCGGGACGAGAUCGAGGCCCACCUCCGGAAGCAGGCCUUCAAAACGCAGAGCAAGACGGAGGCCUGAGGAAGAGGAAGAGGAAGAGCCGCCGCCGACAUUCCCAAACGAGACUUAAAGCUGCAGUACGCAAUUUUAUUAAAAUUAGGUUUUUACAUGUUUGAUAUGAGACAGAUAAUCUGUGAAAAGAUCAAUCUCCUCCACCUGAGCUACUAUUUCUUUCUGAAGGAAUGCAUCAAAAACAACCAAUCAGAGCCAGUAGGAGGGGCUUAGCGCUGUCAAUCAUCGCCGUGAACUCACUGAUAAAUGUGUGAAUGAUGGAGAAACAACUUGCUGUUGCAGUAAAACGGCUAAUCCUCCAUCACUGGUAGUCAUGCUAAUUAGCCUAGCAUUCAUGACAGAAGAAAGAGGUGGCGGUGAUUGACAGCGCUAAGACCCGCCUCCUGGCUCUGAUUGGUUCUGUCUAGAUAGUGCAGAUAGAAGGCAGAGAAGCAUGUUUUCUUCAGAUCAUCUGUCUCUUAUCAAACUGUCACAACAUGAAGACAAUUUCAACAAAAAUUUAAAAAAUAUAUAUAUCUUAAAAGUUACAUGCUGUAGCUUUAAAGGGGCGCCGCAGCAAAAAGAUAUUUAAUCCAGAUUAAUGGAAGAUGUGGCGGUGUACAGUUAAUUAAUGAUUAAUUGCGGUUAAUCGAUCCUUCUGCUUUUCUCUGCACAGCUGUAGACGGAUGAAUGUAGAAAAAUGUGAAACGUGGCACAAAAUGGAAGCCUUAUGAUCAAAUCAUCAGUAUUUAACUGACAGGAAGACCCUGCGGUGUACAGAGGACCGUGUUUUGUUUCUGCAAACAUUUUGAAAAUCGGUAAGCUUGACCUUGAGGGUCAGCGUGACCUUGAGGGUCAGGGCUUCUUCGCUGUCUUCUUGCUGCUUUUUAAUGUGAAACAUUUCAGCUGCUUCUCAGACACAGAGAAGAAGCGUAGGCAGCAGCACCAGCGGUGUUUGGGGAAAAUAAACGGAAAACCAGUUGGGGGGAAAAAAAUCACAUUUCUAAUUUAUUGAGCAUGAGAACAACAGGAAGUUGCACUUUCUCUCAGCGGAGAUUAAAGUAUAUUCUGAACGUUUAAUUUUCAGAGGCCCACACUACGAAGGAAGAGUUACGGCUCGAUUCUUGGCACUACUGUUUUCCCGUACAAAGCUGGACUGCAUUUUAGGCCCAGACUAAGAUUUUUUUUUUAUUAUUAUGAGACUAAAGUUAUAAUGUUGGCAGAAUGAAGAUGGAAAAUGACUAGAAAAAUGUUUUCAAUGAGAUGAAAGCCUUGAUGAAGAUCCGACACGUCCUGGUGAAAAUUAUCUGAUGCUACAAGAUUAUUUAUUUAUCUUUAAAACCAAAAUAUAACUUCACAAGAUGCUCAGCAUUGCUCAAUUUAAUUUAUUUUUCAGGGAGGAAAAUUUACGUCUUUAUUCUACUAAUAUUGCAAGUUUAUUCUUAUGACUGUUCUCACAAUAUUAACUUAACGUACAACUUUUCCUCGUGUCUUUCCUGAUAUUAGAUGCUUUAUUCUGAGGAUUUUAUUCUUGAAACAAUUUUAUCCAGUUUUUUGUACAACUUUUUCCUCACAGUCUGACAUUGUCAUAUUAUUCCACUAUUCUCCUUGUGACUAUUUUCGUACAAUUGCAACUUUAUUCUUUUAACAUUUAUUUAAUUCGCAUACAACUUUGUCUCAUAACGUAACUUUUUUCGUACAAUUACGACUUUUCUCAUGACGCUGAACUCGUGAAAAAUAGUUCACGAGAAAACUCGUGGACUAUUUUUCUACCACUGAUUUAAUUCUCGUACAACAUUUUUCUCUCUUAAAAUGCAACUUUUUUUGUAUUAUUUCGACUUCAUUCUCGUACAACUUUUUUUUCUCACGUUAUUCUGACUUUGUUCUUUUAACACUAACUUUGUUUCUGGUAAUAUGGCUCUCAAAUUAUUUAGACUUUUUUUCUCACAAUAUUUUGACUAUUUUCUAAUAACAUUUUCUUCUUAGUCUGGCUUUAAGAUUUCAAACGACUGGAUGUUGGUCACCUGAACUCGUCAUCGAUUCGUUUACCGUCUGUUUUGGGAUCUUUAAGGAAUAUUUUACCAGUUAAUUGAGGGACUAAACUGAUCAAAUAAAAAUAAUUAUUUUUAAUCCACAAGGUCAGAUUUGCACUAAAAUGUGGAUAGAAAUAUUUCUUCGUAGCUUCGGCCUCUGAUAGAGAACCUGUUGAUUUAUUUACAGAGUAUUACUAGGAAAAUGUCAGUUUUUGUUCAGACUGGCUGUGUGGAUAAAAAGGGACCAUUUUGUGUUUUUUAUUGUAGGAUUGUGUCAGAGUUUUAAUGCGUUGGACCAAUCAGAGGAUAAACUACAGCAUGCGGCUCACGCUGCUGUUCUUCCUCUGAAUCUCUUCCAGUCGUUCUUACAUGUAAAUACGUUCCAAACUUUUCAGACUUUACGUUGAACCUGCAGGUUCUAGAGGAAUAUAUUAACUGUUUUGCUUGUUUUAAGCUGAGAGGACGUUACAUAAACAGGUGCUUUGGCUUUGAUUGUCUUAAAUAUACCAAGUUGCUCCUGCGUUGGGUUCUGUACUGUAAUUAUUUACAUUUUUGCUUAUUCUGCAGCUUUUUCAGGCCGUUUCAAAGUUUCUGACUUGACAGGAGAAACUAAAUGUCUUCCUCAUGGCGGCACACCACGGUUAAAAGCUGAAUAAUAAAAACAAAUGAGCAGGAAAUGGAUUUAUUGUGACGAUUUGUCCAUGAAUAACU